UGCGAUGCAAUAUAAAACCGAUUUUAUCUACCUUUGGACCCAGACUUCGGAUUCAGAGAGAGAGAGAGAGAGAGAGAGAGAGAGAGAAUCACCUGCCAUUCUGUUCACACGGAGAGAGAGAGAGAGAGAGAGAGAUCUGAGUCAGGCGACGCAGAGAGAAGUUCCUGAUGUUCCUCCUCCUCAGGUCUGUGCGGGUUUGAAGCCAUGCUGGUGUGGAGAAGAGAUACCGGGUUAUUGAAGAGGGACUGUAGGAUUGAGGAGCAGAAAUGGAGUCCUGCGAUUUAUCACAGGACAGUGAGAAGCUAACCUCAGCCAAGCCUAGACAAAGACACAUAGUCUCACUUCACGGUCUGUGUCUUGCAUCCAGCCUGGGGAGAAACAAGGCAUCGGCUGUUGCACGCUGACCAAAAUCAAGAAAAAAGUGUGCUUUGUGAAUGCUUCCUAUUCAGACACAUCUCCUGUAGCCCUACACAGCCUGACACCAAAGAAUACUGCUUCGCUUGGGAUCAGACUGUGAACCCAGAGGGCCUUGAUGCUUGGCGUGAAUCAAUCCGGAAGGGUGGAGCUGUGUUUGCUUUUUCCACAGCUUUAUGUUAACGCUUCAGGAAACCACGAUGAUAUUUAAUCAAGGUGGAACACACAGGUUUUGCUCUCUGCCCCUUUGCUGACAUUGGCGGCGUUCCAAUUCACUCACUCCAAGCAACAUGUCAGAGCUAGACGACUUUCCUCCUCCUCGAGGCCUCCACCAGGCUGAUCCAUCCCGUAUUCAGCAGAACAUCCUGGAGGAGCAGGUGGAGUUGUGGUGGUUCAGUGAGCCACGGAAGUCUCUGCUAUGUUACAUCGCCUCUGUGGCCUUGGUGGUGGGUUGUGGCGUGGGUGGCGUCGGCCUGCUGUCCAGCACCACCAGCCUGUCGAGUGAGUGGCGUCUGGGCGCGGGCACGGCACUGUGCAUGCUGGCAUUAGCUGUGGUGCUCAAGCAGCUGCUCAGCUCAGCCGUACAGGACAUGAACUGUGUGCGCAGUCGGCGGCGUAUAGACGUUCUGAAAAGCGGAGGAUUGUCUGAUGUGCUGGUUAUGCUCCUCACUGGACUUUCCUUGCUCAUCUGCGGAGCUGUGCUGCUCAACAUGGCUCUGGGAUACCACAUGCCCAAACCGGGCCAGGCUCUCAAUGAUAUGUUUAUAUCAGGAGUGGUGUUGUUGGCAGGCGGAGGGUUCACGGUGGUGGCUGUCACCAUUUACUCAGUUGUGGUUUUCCUCUUGACGAGGAGGAUACGACCCGAGCGGAGUUUGAGAGACAGAAUGCUUGGAAUUUUCACUGUAUCAGGGCAGAUGCGUGCCCGGCGGGAGACAACGUCCAGCCUGGCACAACUCAUAUGACUGUAGAACUGCACAGAUCAUAUAUUACUUGGACAAAAGUACAGAAUCUAUCAGAAACUGGGCUGUUAAAUGUUUAAAUCUUUAUUCUCCUCAAAACCGACAUUCCAGAAGAGGCGAUCAAUAAAGAAACACAGCCACUAGUGAACAUUUUGCACAGAUUGAUUGAUUGGAUGAAUGAAUGAAUGAAUGAAACUACAGCAAUGAUGGUACGAAAUGUAUACUGUAUUAUCUCUCUGUUAUCAUGUAUCCAUGUACUGGUCUCACUGUGCUCUGAAAACAUGGGCGAGACCAUAUUUAUGGGCCUUACUCCCAAACCCAAAGCCUUUUAUUGUUCUGCGCCAUCAAGUUUUACACCAACCAAUGAAAUCAUGAAUUAUUUUUGAGAUAAAACACAAUGGCUCAUCACACACAGCCAUCACCUUCCAAACAUGUUAACGAGCCUCACCAAACAUCAAUUCACCGUCUGUGGGGAAUUGACUGUAUGUCCUUCACACGUUUAUUUAUGUGGGCGAAGAGGCGUGUCCCAAACGGAGAGCCAUCUGGACCUUGCUUGUCAGAGCUGUUGAAUGCGUGUUAGAAUGUAUCAGCCGUGUCAGGUUGCAUGUUCAUGAUUUCAUACCGUGACCUCUGUGUGGCUCAGCGAGAGCAGUACACACUGUCAAUCAGAUAAAACCUGCUCACCACCUGUAAUGAAGAGACGUGAAGACACUGAUUGUAUUUGAUCUGAUUGUAUUUGAAAUUAGAGCUGUUAAUUAUUAUCCUUUUGCACUUUUAUUGACAAGUCGUUUGAUAUACCAGAAGCACGUUUAUAACCCUAAAAGUCAAAUUUUAUUCUCUCUGUCUGUGGCAUGUCACUACAAUGACGUGGCCGCUCUGACUUCUGUGAGUUUCUAGGGACAAUUGCAGUAGUGGUUUCCUGUUGCCUUCUACUGGAUCAAACAACCAUUCACAAUUGAGAGUAGCCCAUUAGCCUAACCUGCAUGUCUUUGGACUGUGGGGGAAACCAGAGCACCCAGAGGAAACCCACGCAGGCACGGGGAGAACAUGCAAACUCCGCACAGAAAGGCCCCCGUUAGCCACUGGGCUUGAACCCAGAACCUUCUUGCUGUGAGGUGACAGUGCUAACCACUACAUCACCGUGCUGCCCAAAACGUUAUUGCGGACAGUAAAUCUUGAUAAAUCUGGAGGGCUGAUUGAAAAGUGUGUGUGUGUGUGAGAGAGAGAGAGAGAGAGAGAGAGCAACAAAUUGGUUUUGUAUAUGACGCUUCUCAAAGAUUUGUAUUU